CCAAAAUCCGCUAAUAUGCAUAAUAAUUAGACAUAAUAGGAAUUAUGCGUAAAUACUAAAACUGUCGGUUAGUAUGAAAAAUAACGGCGCGUAUCAGGAAUUAUCGAUAACUACUAAAAUCGUCAGUAAUUAUGCAAAGUAUCGCCAUAUUUUUAGUAAAUAUUGAUAAUAACUGACACAGCAAUAGGAAUUAUGCAUAAUAUCUGCUGUGUAUAUUAGUGAUUAUACAUGUAACCUCACAAAAUACGACUGGUCCUGCCUUGAAGCGAGCGUUGAAGUUUGAUGUUAUGUUUUGAUUGUUUUGUUGUUGGAGUUUCUCAUCGCAAUGACUGCACUACCUACUGAUAACAUUAAAUUUAAAUUUGUCGAUGAAGUUAAGAAGUUGAAGGGAAGAACAAACUCACGAUUGAACAUUUUAUUCAAGGAAGAAUAUGACGUGCUUUUAUCCGAGGUUAGGGAUGCUUCAUCAAAUAAUGGUCCCAAAACUCCAUUACAGUAUCGUAGACUUAAAAAGAUUUGGAAUAGUUGAAGUCGGAAAUAUUGAAAAGCUUGUAACGCGAAAUAAAGAGCAAACGGGAAAGGAAAAUAAUGAAGAUUCUAAUAAUAUAGUGAUUGACAUACGAGAUGUUCGCUAUGUUGUUCCCGUUAAAGAAAUGUUUGAUAUUUUAACCAUUUGUCACAGAAGUAUAGGUCACGGAGGAAGAGAUCGAAUGAAGACCGAAAUGUCCAAACAGUAUUCGAAUAUUACACAAAAUUGCACAAAAUUCUGCCAAAACAAUACCUGCCGCGGUAAAAAAAAAUAAUCGAUUAUGCAAUAGUAAGUGCCAUCAAAGCUCUUCUUGUUCCAAUAAAUAAAUAUAAAUAUAAUAAUAUAAAUAAUUUUUAUGUAGUCGUUUGAAAUGUUACGGUUAUGUUUUUUUUUCGUUCUGAUUCCUGAAUAUGUUUGAUUUUCAUCUAUGCAUACCAUAUAGUUUUGUAGAAUUACAUAUAUAUUAAAUGUUAUGUAA